AUGGGAAAUCAGUUUAAGAACGUGGCCGUUAUUGCCUGCCUCAAAACCUUUCUUUUCGUCUUCAACGUCGUGUUUUGGUUAACAGGUCUAUUGGUACUUGUGGCGGGAUUAUGGGCGGAAUUCGAUCUGUACAAGUACAUGGAAUUAUCGCCGGAGUUUUCUGGAACUGCGCCGCUUGUAAUGAUCGGAAUCGCAAGUCUGAUUGUUCUUAUUAGUUCCAUCGCCUUCUCCUGCAUCAUCAAGGGACAACCAGUGCUACUUUUCAUAUACGGGGGUUUCCUUGCGUGCAUUUUUAUGAUGGACGUCGGUGUGGCAGCAUCAGUUGCUUGUUACCGAGACACUUUUGCCAAAGGACUUCACGAUGGACUUACGCAAACUAUAAAUUCCUACGACCCGCACAAGGCUAAUUUUGACUUCGCUCAAUCUACGCUGCAUUGUUGUGGUGUAUCUAAUUACACGGACUGGAUAAGAUCGUCACCACUUAAGGUGAUCCCGAUGUCAUGCUGCGUUGAUCCCACUCACUGCAUAACGGCGAACUACAGCGAUGUCUACCAAAAGGGUUGUUAUGACGUAAUUGUUGAAUAUCUGGAAGCCAACAUGGAUAUACUGAUUGGAAUAGCUGUUGGAACUGGAGUGCUUCCGUUAAUUGGAUCAAUAUUAUCAUGCCUACUUGCAAGUUACAUCAAAAAAUCAAAAUACGACGUCAUGAAU